GGCCCAGCUGCAAAAAAAAAAAAAAAAAAAGAAAAAAGAAAAAAAUCACUGUAACAAUGGCAGCAUCCAGCACCUUUAGGAUGGCAGAUUAGUGAAGGGAUCGCAAUAUAAAUAAGCACACUGGAGGCUAAAAAGGCAUUACGGAAGCUAAACACAAAGAAAUCGAUCUCCGUACGGAAAUGUUAUAAGUCGUUGUUUCUUUCGUGGUACAAGAGGAAAGCAGUAAAAUAAAAUGGAGUUGCAGCAGAGGAGAAAUGCGCUGGCUCCAUCAUCGUUAGGAGGCGCGUCCACCUGCUGAUACUAGAGGUCCAGGCUGAAAUAAUCAUGGAGAAGUGGCUGGACUGAGGAAAAUAUAUUUUUGUCAUUCUGCAAAGGAGGAGGGGGGUAAUUCAGGGCGAAGGGGAAGACGAGCGAGGUUUGGGUGCUAUCAGAGGUUAUCACUGAUCUGCCCUGCUACUAAUUAUCAGCAAACACUGAAUCACAACAGCCUUUAACACUUUCAUGAAGGAUAACUAGGAAAUAAUGACUUAAUCAGUAGAUAUCUACGGAUCUUCACACCUCAUUGUAGAUGCCAACUCAGACUUUAUGAAGCUGAAAAAUCCAAGAAUGUAUUUGAAAUGAAACCAGCGUGUGUUGAAUAGCCAUAAUGAUGAAUGAAAGAGGAAGAACCGAGCAAAAUUGAUGGAUGUUCUGCAAGAUAACUCCUCGGCACAAGAACAGAGUCCAGUAUUGAUUAAUGGGGUGAAUGAAAAUGAAUCACUUGAAGUGGGGAAUGAUGUGAGGCCGUUGGCUUCCACAGAAGUUGCAGUUAUAGUUUCCUCUCCAUCUGCAGAAUCUAAUUGCUCCCAAAAAGCAAAUCAUUUGUAUCACAGAAACUUACCACUGCUGACUUCGAAGGAACCCUGCAUGCUAAGUCCUCCAUCUCCUUUAAGAUUGACUGAUGUACCAGAACAGAAUUCAAAUGACUCCUCUACUCAAACAAUCUCACUUACAUCUUGUGCUACAAAGGUUGUGAGUCCCUGGUCCUUGCCAGAGGAUUGUGAAAGAACUUCAUUUACAAUAAUGGAACCCGGAGGUAUAUCAACUUUAUCUAAUGACUGUCUAAUGCAGCAGAGCCGAACUUGCUUGGGUUGUUUUAUUGAAUCAAAAGAUGGUGUUGACCCAGAGCCAGGAAUUAGUCUGAAAGUGGGUGAAAUAAACAGGGAUUAUGACACUUGUUCCAUUUCAGAUAUUCAAUGCAUGAGCACAGGAGAAGGUGCAAGAUACGGUGAACAGUUGCUUUCAGAUCAGCUAUUAAGCUUUCCUUUGCAUAAAUCAAGGACAAUGGAUAAAAAAGAUUUGGAAAAGUCAGACAGUGAUUCUGAAGAUGCCACACCAAAAAAUUACUAUGAGGGAUUAUUGUUAGACAAAUGUAGUGGAGAUGAGGGUCUGUUGUCAAAUACCAAUCAAGACUGGGGUUAUUUUGAGUCUUUUAUUAGUGAAAGUAAGAUUGAGCUCCUUGACCUUUGCUCCAGGAAUGAGCUGUCAGUGAACCUGUUUUCAGAAGAGGAUGUAGAUAAUUACAUGUUUGAUGAUGAUGAUUCCACACUUAGCAGUGAUGUUUGCUCCCUAAAAAUUAGAUACGAGUCCUUCCAAGACAACAUUCGAGAGAAAAGCAGUGCACUUCAGGAGGAGACACAGUUUAAUUUUUUCCCCAAUGUCCUAGUAAAUUGUACAAAAAAAGAAAAUAACAGUGUUAAGAAGAAUAUUGAAACUAUACAGUUUAAAACAGAUGAGAUCAGUCUUUGGACUAAUGAAGAAAAAGCAGAUAGUCCUGCUGAGCCAGCAUCGUAUUUGACCCCAAAAAGAAGUUUUUUCUUUGAUUCAAACAAUUCUGCAGAGGAUUCAGGUGAAUAUAGUGAUGACAGUUCUUGCACUGGCUCUUCUUAUGAUACCUUUAGAGAAGUCAAGGACUGUGGCCAGCUGCUAUCCAGAGAAAAUUCAAGUUCAUCUAGCCAACUCAACUAUGGCUUGCGAGCUAAGCGGAAAGUCAGAUAUAGUGAUGAUUAUCUGUAUGAUGUGGAUUCCAUUGAUAGUGAAAAGAAUGUAGAAAAAAGAGAAGCACAACCUUUUGGACCUAAAGAGGAAGAUGAUGAUGACUGGUGUCCAAAAAAGAGAAGAAAAUCUUCACGCAAAGAGCCCCCUGUUAUCAUUAAAUAUAUCAUUAUUAACCGGUUCAAAGGAGAGAAACAUAUGCUAGUAAAACUGAGUAAAAUAGAUCCCACUCACAUCACGGUGAACUUGAAUGCUGAACUCCUGAGUCAAUAUGAAAAAAUGGCUCCUUUGAAGGACUUUUGGGAAAAACAACAGCGUGAUAGAAAUGAGUUACUCAGCAGGGCUCAUAUGAACUUGAACAGCUCCAACCGUCUUUCUGGUUCCAUUCCACCAAAAAGAAAACAUAAAAUUGCCAGUAGACUCAGAAUUCAGCGAAUUCAAGCUGUUGAGCAUUCAUUGAGUAAGCAGGGAUCUUUUUCAUUUGAGCACAAACAAAGUAUCAUUGGUAAAAGUGAUGCCACCCUAACUGGCAUGUCUUUAACAAUUGCUACAGCCAACCAUGCAAGCAGAUUAGAGGCUACUGACAUCAGGCAUAUUGGCUCUGUCAAAAGCAUAACACAAGAAAGGGAUGAGAGGGGAACUGAAAAUAAAAUUAUAAGAUUAAAAAAAUUCAAAAGUGAAGCUAGGCUGAAAAGCAAAAAGUUAAAAAUUUUGCAAGACACUGAAAAUGUGAAAAAUCUAGCUGAACCUUCCUCUGGGACAGAAAAUGGUGACAAUGAGAACUGUGUGAAGAACGUGGGUAGUGAAAUAGCUACACAAAGCCCCCAGAUGGAUGAAAACCUCCCACAAGAUAAUUCUACCAUAGGAGAAAAAAUAGUUUUCAUGCCAGCCACUUGCUCUGACAGUGAACCUGCACCACCUACUGAAAUUGCUGGAAAUGUCCCGGUUGUUCCUGGAGGCUAUCUGCAAACGUUGUUAGAUGCUUCUGAUUCUUCAAGUAGUUCUGGUAUUUCCUAUUUCCCCCAGCACUCUUCUGGACAACCACCUGAUGACAUAUCCCAAACUGAAAAGCAGUUCACCUCUUUACAACUUGCACAGAGCUGUGUUCUCUCCCCACCCUCUGAAUCAGAGCUACAGCAGUCGCCUCACCAUUUGGAAAUGGAGCAAAAUUUCUCACAUAUUUGGCAGCCUGGUUCCAGCCAAGCAUUUGGGCCCCAUGUUGCUGACAAUUCUUUGCAACCUAACAACUUUAAUGGACCCUUAUCUGUCCAAAUGCCAGACAGCUUGUCUGUUUCAGAAUAUACGCAACUAAGCUUGAACAGUAGCCGGCUUCCUUAUCAUAAGAGUUAUUUGCAUGAUCAACCAUUGCCAUCUGAUAAUGAUUAUCAGACUUGUCAGUUACCCUGCGGUGAGCCACAUUUCCAAUUUCAACCUGCAUCUCUUAGUUCAGAUGAUGGCAGAGUGGUCACUUUUGAUUCAGGGGGUUCCAUGGCUGGCUCUUCUAGCAACUAUAACACUUUAACUCUGAAGCCAUGCGAUAAAGAUGGAGAAGAUGACAUUAAUGAUAACUUUUUAGCUCACUGCAGUCCAAAACUUGUUAUUCAACAGAGUGUAGAUGAAAUUGUGCCCCUGAAGGAGUCUGCAGAUCUACUGGACAUCUCAAAUUUUACUCCUGAUAAGUUUAGACAUUCAUCCCUGUCGGAAAUGUCACCUCCUGACACUCCCAAUUUGUCUCCUCAGGCAGGUGGGUUAGAAAACAAAUCUACUGGCAAGUCUAAAGAUUUCCAAGAAACAUCUGAAGGCAUUCUGAGUAGUUCACAAGAGAUUAAAUGGAACUGCAGUGUCCCACAGCAGAAUCAGCAUACCGAUUCUUUCCUCGUGAACAGUCAUCAAUUUCAGUUUCACAUGUUCAAUGAUGAUGAUCCUGUUGGCCUGGUGGAAAAGCCUUCUUGCCAGGAGGCUUUUGACAAGCAGUUAUGUCAAAACAGCAGCUCCCCAAGACUGUCAAAAUCUAAGAAAAAAUCAUCCCCAAAGCAAAAUAUAGGAAUGGAUCAGAAAAUUACAAAGAGAGCAAAAGUGCCGAAAGCUUCCAAGUCAACUGAGAAAAAUAAAAAUCCCCGCCAAGGUUCCAGAUCAACAAAGAAACAAAAAAAUUCUACGGAUGCAAAGAAUGGUAAAGCACAGGGAACAAAUGAAAAACCACAAGGGAAAUUUCGAAAUAACAUUGCACCACCAACACAGAUGCUUAAAGAUGGUAUUACUGUUCAUAAUCCAGCCUCUAGUGUCUCUGGUUUACCUGGAGAAUGGCCUUUAAGUAAAGAAGCAAAUGCAUGUUGGUCGGAAACGAAUGCAGCACACAACAAAAACCUCCUUGAUGACGAUCAGAGAGAGUUUGAAGAGCCCUGUAACAUCCUGUCCAACAUUGCAUCUGGAAUGGCUGAGGUUCAGAGAUUCAUGAUGGCUUCUAUUGAACCCCUCUGGGGCCCUGCCUCUGGUGUCUGCCAUCCUCCUGAAGCCAACAGCCUCAAGCUGAAAACCCUAAAAAUCCUUGCCAGCACACCCCCAGACUCCAAAAAAAAGGGCAGCAAUACUGGUGUAACUCCAGGUCUGUCUAAAACUCGCAAGCCAUCCAGCAAGGGAAGUAAAAAUCAGGGUAAAACAAGCAUUUCUAACCCCAGUGUCCCAAACACUCCAGGGGAAUGUGGUCCUAAUGCGGCAAGGAGUUUGUUUGAUAAAAGUGGCCAUAAUCUAACCUGUUCAGCCAGUAAUGGUCCUGCGCAUAAAAAGAUGUACCGCCACAAAACAAGUGCAAAAUUCCCAAGGGAUGAGAAUGGUAAGGGAAAACGAGCUGAUCGAGACCAGAAUAAGGAUUUAGCAGUGAUGACCUCUUUUGAAAAACUGAGGUAAUAUUCCGUUCCUCUGGCUGCAGUGCACCCCUUCAAACUUUCCUUCCACCUGCUAAGCCCCUCUGACCCUCGUUUUACCCUCUAGACUCAACUAUGAGUUGCAUGGCAAAGACAUUCCCCUUUUUUUCAGAGAGAAAACAACUUGCAUGAAAAUUCUUGUACUUGCAAACUACCUAUUGACUAAUUGUUUCCAGCAUGGCUGGGUUUUAUCUGCCAUGUCUGCAAUUUUUGCUAUGUUGCUGCUUCAGAUUUUUAUGUUUUUUUUUUUUGUUUUGGUUUUAUGUUUGUUUAUGCUUUUUUAAUGAAAAGCCUUGAUAUUUUUAUUGAAAAUACUAAGCCUUUUUGUGAAAUGUAAUUUUGUGUGGCAUUUGCUGCCCCUCCCAAACAGUUCUCUCUUUAAAUAUGUAUCUGUAUACAGACACUUAAAAACGUAAGCACCUGUCUUUUAUAUGCAGAAACGGGAUAACCCUACUCCUCCACCUGCAUUUUCACUGCCUGAAAGCAUCACAAGGCACAAUGAUUUUAUCACUCUGUUCAAUAGAACAUAGUUCAUCCUCAGAACAUGGAACAUUUUGAUUUUGCUAAAAGAAAGCGGACUUCAUUUUUCUUAACUCAAAAAGGGGCCUUUUUUCUAUUGCAUAUAGUGUCUGAAGAGAUUCUUGGAAUGGUAUUAUUUACGUUACUGUCAGAAAUACUUUGUGGAUUUUUGCUUUUCCUUUUUUUUAUUAUUAAAAGGGAUGUCCUUAAGAAUCAUUUCUUAGUAAGCCCGGACAAUUAAUGAUAGAGAUUUCAGUUUGAUGUUUCAAAAAGUGGAAUUUUUGCUAAUGCAGUUGUACAGAAAAACAUAUGCACUACUUGCAAAAAUUAAAUACACGUGCCAAACAAUGUGACUGUACAGACAAUUUUCUACGUGAACACUUCAUUUUUUUCUUUGUUUUUCAGUCUUGUGCAGAAAAAGAAAAACAUUCCAGAACUUUUUUCUUCCCUUUUUUUUUUUAUUUUUUUUUUAUUUUUUAAACUCAAUCCCAUUGAGAAGCACCUGCAGCUGACAGUGGUACAACACUUUGACCAAAACCUAAAGACUGAUGUCUCUUUUUUUUUAACAAAUUUAAAUUACCUCGACAUUACCCAGAAAUUCAAUUCUGUGGAUUAUCAAAAUCCUAUUGAAAGCUGACAAAACAUUUUUCUAUUCAGGAUGAGGAAAUUGUUGACAUUAAUACCACUUGUGUUUUAUUGGAUUCUAAAGGAAACCUGAAAGGCAUCAGAAGUUGCAGGUAUUGAAGUCCAGUACUUUUUGGCAGAUCUUAUCUUUAUGGAGAGCUGCAACUUUUCCACCUUUUCACAGGCGGCACUUCAGUCCCUUUACAACAACCAGCUGAAUCUUGAUGACAUUUUAGCAGUGGUUACCGACAAUGCAUCAUACUGUCUGAAAGCAUUCCAGGAAGUUUUUAAAGGGGUUAUGCCUAACAGUGUACAUUCAACCUGCUUGUGUCAUGUCAUCAGUUUGGUGGGAGAGACCUGGGAGAUGAAUAACCUUCUUGUCACUGAACAAGACUACCUGAUGAAUGGAACUGCAAAAUAAGUUCCCUUACGAGUGGACGUUUGUGGCAUCGGUAAUGGCCAGUGUUUGCCUUGGAGACUCCUGCCUUCACAGAUCUGAAUGUAUCUCAUCAUGAACUUACAGAAACACAGGGGUACCAUUGUUGAGCUGCUGUUUUUUUAUGGUGCUAAGGGAAUCUGCUUGUCCUAGAGACAUUGUCUGUGCCCUUUUUUAAGAAUGUAUUCGAUAAUGUCAUGUUUGAUGUUCUUAUACCAUGGUUUUGACAUUAAUUAGAUUAAAUUUGCCUUUUUCCUCUCAAAUAAUAAAUAAAUAUAAACUAUCAAGCUUUAUAAAUAUUAUCCAGAAGUGUUUCCCAUGGGAUUCAUAAGGAACUCCAACAUCUUAACAAAAUCUUGUAUAUUUUUCAGUGUGCCAAUUUGUAAAAUAUUUUGUAAGUGUAUAUUUUUCUUAGAAAGUGCUGUGAAGUAUUUGUGUGCGUGUGUGUGCGUGGGCACCCUUUAUGACACCGGAUGGAUGGUGUUAAUAAAAGGAUGUAUAAUGACAACAAGUUUCUGGUUUUAAAAACCAAAUUCAAGUGAAAAUGGAAAAAAAAA